AUGGUCGUCUACUACCAGAUCGCCGGCAAGCAGGUCGGCUCCCACGUUCUCGCCAUGAGCGUUCUCGGUGCUCUCUUCGGCGGUGUUGGUCUCGCUACCCGUGGUGGUGGCCAGCCCAAGCCUGCCACCCCUCCCAUCCAGGCUUCCUCCAAGGAUGAGGAGACCUUCAUCCAGGACUUUUUGAAACAAGUGAACGGAGACGAGAAGAAGAAAGACCAUUAG